AUGGCCAUCACAGUCGCCGUCGUCGGUAUGGGCGCUCUCGGGCUCAUGGCGAUGAAGAACCUCAAGGAAGAUGGUUUUGAAGUGACCGGUUUCGAGAAGCGAAACUGGGUGGGAGGGGUCUGGAAGCAGUCGUACGACUCGACGCUCUCGGUCACGGAGAGGACGGUGUUCAACAGCAGUCGAUUCCGCGCCGCCAUCCCAGACUACCCUUUCCCUGAUUCCGUGGACGAUUUCCCCACGGCGAAACAGAUCUGGGAGUAUCUGGAGAGUUACUGUGACCAUUUUGGCCUGCGGCCGCAUGUUCGCUUGAAUACCGAAGUCAAGACGUUCACGAGGACCCGGGGCAAAUGGGCCGUCGAAUACGUCCAGGAUGACGGAUCUAGUCACACCGACUUCUUCGACAAGCUGAUCAUCUCGCCCGGCUCCUUCGUCGUUCCGCGGUCACCCAAGUUGAAGGAUAUUGACAAGUUCGAGGGAGACGUCCUCCACGCCAUCAAAUUCCCUCACCCUUCUCGCUUCCAGGGCCAGAACGUUCUCCUGAUAGGGCUUCAUGCGACCACGCAGGAUCUGGUAGUCGAGUUGGCUCAACAUGCCAAAAAGGUAUACAUUGCGCACAGGAACGGCUUGCUCCUGAUUCCUCGCUACACAGCAGAUGGCAAGACGUACGACCAAUCCCAGACCAUGACGCUGAUGUUCCUCCAAGUGUUUCUGGAGAGAUGGUUCCCCAGGCUGUGGACGUGGUUCAUCGACUGGGCCUUCGCGGCGAUGUCGAAACAGGCAUACCCCAACCAGCGCAAGGAGUGGAAUCUGACGCCGGCCCUGUCCCUCGCGAUAUCGACGCCUCUGGUCGCCGACGCCAUCUACCCGCACCUCGAGAGCGGAUUCGCGGAGCCCGUGGCCGCGGUGCAGGAGAUCCUCGGACCAAGCGCCGUCCGCCUGACGGACGGGCGCGUGCUCGACGACAUCGGCUCCAUCAUCUACGCCACGGGCUACGAGUCGGCCGUGCCGUACGCGCCCAAGGAAUACAACCCGUACCCCGUGGCGGACGAGGCCCCCGUUCUCUACCGCAACAUCUUCCCGCUGCAUGAGGACCCCGACGUGCGCAACUCGCUGGCCUUCCUGGGCCAGGGCGGCUUCCCGUUCCCGGGCUUCGUGGUCUUCGAGCUGGCCACCAUGGCCGUGUCGCAGAUCUGGCUGGGCCGUUCACACCUGCCGCCCCUGGCGGAGAUGCGAGCGUGGCACCGCGCCCACCUCGCCUGGCGCCAGAGCCAGGUCCGCCGCUACUACCCGUCCGCGAUUCAGAGGAAUUUCUACGCCAUCUUCAUGCCCGCCCACGACCAGUUGCACUGGCUGGACCGCACCGCCGGCACGGGCAUGUUCGCGCACUUUUCCCCCUUCAGCUGGCGCGCCUGGCGCUUCUGGUGGUCCUGCGACGACCGCGACUUCUACCGUCUGUGCAAGUCCGGCCUCCUCUCCCCGGCCCUCUGGCGCCUGUUCGACAUGGGCCGCCGCAAGCCCUGGGCCGGCGCCAAACAGCAGAUCAUCGAGGAUAAUCGGUUCGUUGAAUCGCGGCGGCAGGAGAGGUUGAGGGCCCUGGAGAAGUUAGGGAGCUCCGGGACAUCCACUUGA